AUGAGGACACAAACACAGAGGGGGGGGAGAGGUGACAGGGAAAAGAGAGCAACAGUCAAACAGAAGCAAACAGCAGGGAAGAAGAGAGGGGGACCGCCAAGGGGCGGCAAAGAACAAACGCAGGCCAAAGAGAAAGCAGGGAAAGCAGAGGGGAGAGAAAAGAAGAGCGAGGAGGGGCGAAGAGGAGGGAGGAGGGGGAUCAGACACGCAAGAAGUGGGAAGGAGGAACAGGGAAAGGCAUCAAGCACAGUAGGCAGGAACACGGAGGAGAGCAAAGGAGGGAGGCAAGGCAGCACAAAGAAAGGGAGAAAGAGCAGGAAGAGCAGAAAGGACAGGGAGGCAGCGAACAACAGGAAGAGGAGAAAGGGAGAGGGGAAAGGAAAAGAGGCAGACCAGCAAGGGAGGGGGAGGAGACAGGGGAGGCAAAGGGCAGGAGAAGAGAAGGAGGCUAAGGGUACAACACAGAGACAGGGUGAAGAGAGGAGGAGAGGGGAAGAGGGCAAAGCAGAGGCAAAGCAGACAGGGGCCCAGGGGACAAGGAGAGGACAGCAGGAGGCAAAAGGCAGCACAGCAAGCGACCGAGAGAAGAACAGAGCAGAGCAGGCAGAGGGUAAGGAGAGCAGAAAGGCAGGCAGGAGGAAGGGGACCAGCAGAAGUCAAGCAGAGCGCAGCGAGAAGAAGAGAGAGAGGGGCAGGCUAAGGCAAGGGAGAAGGGGGGGAGCAACAAAAGGAGAAGAGAAGAGAGCGGAGAACCGAAGGAACAGCAGGAAGGACUAG